UCUGCCUUGUUCCUCAUUUUCUUCUUCCGCCAGUGGGUGAGCUCCGAAUCUUCAAAGGAUUUCAGGCACAUCUCUCCUGCCGUGGGUGAGCUUCUCUCGAAAUCCAUGUUUUUAUUCCAAAAUCCAUUCCAUCUGUCAUUGCUUUCUCUUUUCUUCUCAUUGGGCCAUGGUUCCGGUUGGCAUUGAUUGUAACAAUGUCGAGAUUUAGCAAUGUCGAGAAGUUCGACACUGCUGCCAAGAUCAAGAUCAUAAAGGAGGUGAGGACAUUCACUGAUCUGGGCCUGAAGGAGGCGAAGGACCUGGUCGAGAAGGCGCCGGUCGUUUUGAAGAAGGGUGUUGCCAAGGAGGAGGUGGGUCCCAUUGUCGAGAAGCUCAAGGAGAUUGGAGCUACUAUUUUCUCUGAGGAGAUGGGAAUAUGUGAUUUUUAUAUGGGCAUUCUUAGGUAAAAAAGAUCUAUCUAGGAGUAGUCUUUCCAUGAAUAUUUAUCUAGAGUCGUUUCCAUUAGGAUGGCAUAUUAUUUUUCGAAGUUACUAAGAGAACAUUUCAUGGAUUGUUUUUAUAAAAUCUUGGCUACUGUGAAUUUCUUGGCCAAAAAAAAAAGAAGCAGAAGAAGAAGAAGAAGAA